UCCGCGCUCGCGCCCGGCCCGGGCCGCCUCUGUAGCCACCGACACCGCAGCCUCUCGGGCAUGAGCGGGGCCUUCCGCCGCGGCCCGCUGUCCUGCUCGCUCCCACCGCCGCAUCCUGACUCUAGGCCCGCGCUAGGAACAUGCCCCUGGCCGCCUACUGCUACCUGCGGGCUGUGGGCAGGGGCAGCUACGGGGAGGUGACGCUCGUGAGGCACCGGCGGGACGGCAGGCAGUAUGUCAUCAAAAAACUGAACCUCCGAAAUGCCUCCAGCCGAGAGCGGCGAGCUGCUGAACAGGAAGCUCAGCUCUUGUCUCAGCUGAAGCACCCCAAUAUAGUCACCUAUAAGGAGUCAUGGGAGGGAGGGGAUGGUCUGCUGUACAUCGUCAUGGGCUUCUGCGAAGGAGGUGAUCUGUACCGAAAGCUCAAGGAGCAGAAGGGACAGCUUCUGCCUGAGAGUCAGGUGGUGGAAUGGUUUGUUCAAAUUGCCAUGGCUCUGCAGUAUUUACAUGAAAAACACAUCCUUCACCGAGAUCUGAAAACUCAAAAUGUUUUCCUAACAAGAACAAACAUCAUCAAAGUGGGUGACCUAGGAAUUGCCCGAGUUUUAGAGAACCACUGUGACAUGGCUAGCACCCUCAUUGGCACACCCUACUACAUGAGCCCUGAAUUGUUCUCAAACAAACCCUACAACUAUAAGUCUGAUGUUUGGGCUCUGGGAUGCUGUGUUUAUGAAAUGGCCACCCUGAAGCAUGCUUUCAAUGCAAAAGACAUGAAUUCUUUAGUUUAUCGGAUUAUUGAAGGAAAGCUGCCUCCAAUGCCGAAAGAUUAUAGCCCAGAGCUGGCAGAACUGAUAAGAACAAUGCUGAGCAAAAGGCCUGAAGAAAGACCAUCUGUGAGGAGCAUCCUGAGGCAGCCUUACAUAAAGCGCCAAAUCUCUUUGUUUUUGGAGGCCACAAAGGCAAAAACCUCCAAAAAUAAUAUUAAAAAUGGCGACUGUAAAUCCAAGGCUGUUGCUACAGUGGUUUCCGGAAAGGCUGAAUCAAAUCAUGAAGUAGUUCCCUCCCAACCACACUCUUCUGAGGGCUCCAAGACAUAUGUAACGGGUGAAGACAAAUGUUUGUUCCAGGAGAAACUUGUAGUCAUUGGCUCCUUGAAGACACCUGCAAGUCUGGAAGGCCACACUUGCAAACCAGACAUGAGCAAUACUUCAGAAUCACUAGCCACAAUCAGUAGGGUGAAUAUUGACAUCUUACCUGCAGAAAGGAGGGACUCAAUGAGCGACGGCUUAGUUCAAGAGAAUCGACUAACACGUUUAGAUGCCUCUAAUGAGCUAGAAGGAAAAUGCAAUAUUUCUCAAGUGAAGGAGAGGCUGCAGCGCAACACUAAGUCCAGCGCUCAACCAGGAAACCUGAUUUCCACGUGGACAUCUGACAGUGUCACUGGGGAAAGGAAUGACCCAGUGAAGCCUCUGCAGCCCCUAAACAAAGACCAAAAGGCAAACGACCAGGAUCGAGUUGCUAGUGAAUGUAUUAUAGAAAAACAGGACAGAGUCUACUCAGGUUUACAGCCACACAACUCUGGGUCUGAACCUUCCCUGUCUCGACAGCGACGGCAGAAGAAACGAGAACAGACUGAGCACAGUGGGGAAAAGAGACAGUUCCAAGAGGUUCCUUCUCGACUUUUGCCUUCUCUUCCCACUGUUGGAAAAGUGGAUGAUACAUUAACACAAAAGGAUGCUGAAAACCAAAGUAGAGUGGUCACUGGAUCUGCGAGCAGUUCGAGGAGCAGUGAGAUGUCAUCAUCAAAGGAUCGACCAUUAUCAGCAAGAGAGAGGAGGCGACUAAAGCAGUCACAGGAAGAGAUACUCCCCUCAGGCCCUUCAGUGAGGAGAGCUUCUCUCAGUGCACUGUGGCCAGGGAAACUACAAGAGGAAGGCCAGCCCACACCUGGUCGAUGGUUGUCUUCUGACUGCAGUGUUGCUCAGGAAAGGAAACUCAUCCAUUGUCUCUCUGAGGAUGAGUUAAGUUCUUCUACAAGUUCAACAGAUAAAUCAGAUGGGGAUUCCAGGGAAGGGAAAUGUCAUACAAAUGAAAUGAGUGACUUGGUACAAUUGAUGACUCAGACCCUAAAACUGGACUCUAAUGAGAGCUGUGAAGAUCUCCCAGUACCAGAUCCAGUGUCAGAAUUUAAACUUCAUCGGAAGUAUCGGGACACACUGGUACUUCAUGGGAAAGUUGCAGAAGAGGCAGAGGAAUUCCAUUUCAAAGAGCUACCUUCAGCUAUCAUGCCAGGUUCUGAAAAGAUCAGAAGAAUAGUUGAAGUCUUGAGAGCUGAUGUGAUCCAGGGCCUGGGGAUUCAGCUUUUAGAGCAGGUAUAUGAUCUUUUGGAAGAAGAGGAUGAAUUGGAGAGAGAGGUACAUUUGCGGGAGCACAUGGGUGAAAAGUAUACGACUUACAGUGUGAAAGCUCGCCAGUUGAAAUUUUUUGAAGAAAAUGUGAAUUUUUGAGAAUUUAUUCUAGUCUGCUGCCAGAACUAAAGACCUGUUUUCAAAGGUUUUUGGCUUAAACAAAAACAAACCCAUAACAAUGGCUAGGCUAGAGGCCCUUCACCAUCCUUACAUCUCUUUGGGGUUUUUUUUACUGGAAAAAUAUUGGACAGAACAGAGUAAUAUGAAGCAAGCUUACAAAAGAAAGAAAAAAACCUUUAGCUAUCUUACUCACUUUCUGAGGAAAAAUCUGUUAUAAGAUAUUUGGUUACUGUUUACUGAGCCUUUAACCACCAACUUUAUAUCUAGAACUUUAUUUUUUUAAGGUACUAAUUAGCUUGAAUACAGGGCCAUAAAAUAUUGGAUUGCAAGUUUUAUAUUGUACUGUAGUGAUAAAAGCAAUAGGAAAAAUAAACGACAUAUGCCCAGUGAUACUUCUUGUUACUGUUAAUGACCUUAGGUAGUAGUUGAUAAAUUAUUUUUUUAAAAAGUCAAUUCACUAUUCUUGGAGUAGAUUUAAAAAAAUAUGAAGUUCUGGGUCCGGCCCCGUGGCAUAGUGGUUAGGUACGUGCGCUCCGCUGCUGGCGGCCCUGGGGUUUGGAUCCCGUGCUCGCACCUACGCACCGCUUGUCAGGCCAUGCUGUGGCGGCGUCCCACAUAAAAUGGUGGAAGAUCGGCAUGGAUGUUAGCUCAGGGCCAGUCUUCCUCAGCAAAAAGAGGAGGAUUGGCAUGGAUGUUAGCUCAGGGCUGAUCUUCCUCACACACACACACAAAAUAUAUAUAUAUAUAUAUAUAUGAGGUUCUAUCUAGUAUUUGAGCAAAUGAAUUCCUUUUUUUACAUAUUGAUGGACUUUUAACAUUUUAUUUUCAUUUAAUAUGAACCUCAUUUAGGGUAUACAGGAAUUGAAACUAAGAGGUAUUUUGGCUUUGUAAAUCAGUAUGUUUUUACAUACUGUUUUUUUUAGAUUUACUUUUCCAUCAGUAAAAACAUUUCUUAAACACUAAUUCCUUUUCCAGUUAAGCAGUCUGUCAGUAAAGUCCAGAUCCUUUCUGUUAUGUUGGACCUCUUUGUCUCCUGAAUCUUGUACAUCAAGAUAUUGGUUGUCUUCCCAUGUUUUAAAUGUAUGAUUGUAUAUCACAAAUUUUAUUAGUUUUUUAAUAAGGGGUAAUGUCCAUCUAGGAAAUAGUUUUUAUAAAAUAAAAGUCUUGAUUAGUAAAUUUUUACUUCUGUA